CACUAUGAUUCUCUCUACACAAUAACAAAAAUUUAUCCAAUUGAUUAGUUUUUUGUUAAUUUGUUUAUAAAUUGUGAAUAAGUUAAUGGGGACAAUGAAGACUGAAAACCCUGUUGAAAGCACAGAUGAGCUCACUAAAGUAUUUUCUAGUAGGAUUGAAUAUAAAGUUUUGCUAGUCUUAGUGGCUCUAUUUUUCUUAAGUUCAGUGGCAGCUUUAAUUGCCUAUCUUUCCCAGAUAAUAACUGAUUACGAAGAAAAUUAUUCUAUACUUGGUAUACUAAUAGGUCUUUAUGUGUCUUUUUCUGUAAAGAUGAUACCAUUUGUUCUGUGUGUCAUUAUAGAAGACUGGAAAUAUCGAUGUAAAAUUUUCUCUCUAUUCAGGCUAAGAGAUAUAACCAUGGCCGUAAUGGCAUCGUUAACUCUGUACACAUGGUUCUACAUGAUUAAAGAGGAUUUUAUAAUGAUACAUGGACACAAAUGCCCAUUACAAAAGUUAAUAUUUACCAUAGUAUAUGGUUUUUUUGGUGGAAUUGCUUAUCUUGAAUUCCUACGUUGGUCUAAUCUCGGAUCAAAAAUAAUCCAGAAGGAUAUAAUGUUUUUAAGGUCCAUCAUUUCUGAUGAUUAUUCAAUAUGCCCGCAGUGUUCAGCUAAGAAUUCAUUUUCGAAUGAAGUCAUAAAACUCGAAUCCAAGAUUUUUUUGGUUUGAUCAUGUUUUUUAUUUUUUUGUAUUUUUGUACCUUGACUUAAUAAGCCAAGUUAUUUAACACUAAAGUAUAGUACUCUCUAAACAUGAAUUAGUAGAAAUUUAAUUAAUUA